ACCUCCGUCCUUCGCAGCUUAGAUCCGGAGAAGGUCCGUUAUUACCGGGAGGAAUGUGGGGUUCCUGCUGGAUUAAAAUGGCUGCUGUGGGGUUCGGUCCGGAUGGAACCGAACCUCCUGCCGGUUCUGCAGGGUUCUCCUCAGGAACCCAGGGAGGUGGUGGUGUAAACAUAAACCGCCCAUUGUCCUCAGGGUGGAUGCCAGCCAGUAGCCGCAUCCCUCACAUCCAACACUGACCUCUCCUGGAAAUAGACGGGCCCCUCCGUUCAUAAUGCGCAGCUUCAGUCUCUCUGUGUUUCUGUUGCUUCAUGAGGAUUAUUUCCAGAAGUUAGACUGGUUCCGGUUCCGGUGGUUCCGAGGCGCUGGGUUGGACCGGUUCCCGGGUGGUUCGGUCCGGUUCUGCCUCUGCAGAGGGGGAUGGGGGCCGCUCCGCAGAGGGCGGGAAAUGGUGGCCCAUUGUUCUCCAUGCUAGCUGGGCCAGGCUAGCUGCUGCGGCCCGGGAGGAGAAGCAGCCAGCCUGCCGGGGACUGGAGGGUCUGACCCGGUCCAGAUUUAGAACCGGGUCCGGAACCAGCACCGGGGCUCUACUGGAUCAGAACCGGACCGACUGUAGGCCGGAUCCACUGCGGAGCAGAGGGACCCUCAGCCUGGGUCCUUUGUUUAGAAGGAGGUCCCUGAUCAGAACCCAGCCUUAGUGGACCGGUACCGGACUGAGGACCGGUACCGGUCUGAGGUCCAGAAAGAAGAGCAGAGCUUCUGUUAAAGAAUCAGAUUCAUUAAUGGAUAAAAUAACGGGAGCAAUAACAGUGAUGGAUCAUCUGGACCGUUAUCUCCAUCCAAUCAGGGUUCUGGACCUGGUUCUGAUCAUGAUCCUAGUUCUGAUCCUGGUUCUGGUUCUGACCAGAUCCAUUCUAAUAUCCAUGAUUUCUCCAGAAAUAGAGAACAUAGAUCCGUUAGAUCAAAGUAGCAGAGGGACCAGAGAGGAAGGCCUGGAAAUAAACAAGGAACCAGAAGAUCUGAUGGGAACCAACCAGAACCGCUGGGUCCAACCAGAACCGCUGGGUCCCACCAGAACCGCUGGGUCCCACCAGAACCCCUGGGUCCCACCAGAACCAAUGGGUCCCACCAGAACCAAUGGGUCCCACCAGAACCGCUGGGUCCAACCAGAACCGCUGGGUCCAACCAGAACCGCUGGGUCCCACCAGAACCGCUGGGUCCCACCAGAACCCCUGGGUCCCACCAGAACCAAUGGGUCCCACCAGAACCAAUGGGUCCCACCAGAACCGCUGGGUCCCACCAGAACCGCUGGGUCCAACCAGCACCGGUUGGUCCAACCAGAACCAGAGGAUUACCUGGAAAUAAACAAAACAGGAAUGAAAGGAACCAGAAGAUCUGAUGGGAAUUCAACCAGACCCACUGGGUCCAGUCGGGUUUCCAGUAGUCCUAACUGGUCAGACUGGUUGGUUCAGAUCCUGGACGCUCCAGCCAUCAAUAGAUGGAGGCUGGAUCUCAGUUCUACUGGUUCCUCUGGUCCAUCAGAGUCCAGAACCAUCCAGCUGUGGUCGGUGGCGGCGCUCCAUCUCUACCUGACUGCUGCUCAUGGGCACAGCGGAAGGUUCUGGUCCUGGUCAUAGUUUAUUCUAGACCAGCUGGAUGUAUGGCCUAUAAGGGCUGCUCCUCCUCCUCCUCCUACUCCUCCUCCUGCUCCUCUCAGCCUUUCCCUCUGAUGUUCUCUGUAGAACCAAUGAGUCGUUUAAAAUCAAACCCCUCCAACCAGGUUCUGUGGUGGUUCUGUUCUGGACCUGCAGGUUCUGAUGUUUCACUAGAGCUGACCUCUGAACCCAGUCCACUCAGUAACACUCAGAACCUGCAGGUGGAGAAUAGAGCAGCUGUGAUGUCAGAGCGGCGUCUGCGGCGUGGUGGGAGGAGCCGCCUACAGUGGUUCUGAACCUUGGUAUUGACCCGUUCACUGGAUGGUCAGAGUCCACUCAGGGUUCUGUUCUGAUGGUGGUUCUGGGCUCAGUGGAUCCCGUUCUGAGAUUGUGUCUCCUGCUGACCUUCCUCCCGCUCCUCUU